CUGGCAGACGCGCACCCGAUGGAAGCGCCUCUGGUGAAGCAGCGCAGCCGAUCGGCGGACCACCCGCCCCUGGACCCUCUCGACGCCGCCGCCAUGAGCGUUCGUCCGUACGGCACCAUGGUCGCACUGGCCAUGACGUUGAACUACAUGAUUGGCACGGGAUGCUUUGGCCUCCCGUACGCGUUUGCUUCGGCCGGCUUGGGUCUCACGUCGUUCUUUUUGGUUCUGGGCUUUGUGGGAGCUCUCAUCACGAUGAAUUAUACUCUGGAAACGAUGGCGCGCGCCGAGGGCGUCGUGUCCAACACAAAGGGUACGUUGCCGGACAACCGCCUCACGUACCGCAAGAUCGAUUUCAGCGUGAUUGGGGACAUUUUCGCCGGCAGCAUGGGCUACAGCGUUGUGCAGUCGGUGCUCGUGCUGUACUGCCUUGGAUCGCUCUGGUCCUACGCGUCGAUCUUUGCAUCCUCGAUUGCGUCCAUGGUGUUCACGUACGUCUGGAACGACUCAUGCGAUGCGUAUGCUGUCGAUGCGACUGCAAGUUGCGUCAACAUGUACUACAUCAGCAUGCUUGUCUUUUCCGUGAUUGCGAUUACAAUGGUCCUGAUGGAUCUCGGGGACCAAGCCACGAUCCAAAAGUUCUUGUCCGUCUACCGCAUCGUCGCGCUGUUCUUGAUGCUCGUCACGCUGCUCAUCAAGCUGUCGCACGAAGGCAUCGACGUGAUUUCCGCCCGCCUCGCCGCUCGCGACGCAUGGGCAUUUAACUGGCGCAACUUUAGUGUCGGAUUUGGGCCGACGUUGCUCGCGCUCAACUGCCAGUACAACAUGCCCGACGCGAUGCAGCCGCUGCACACGUCGGUCAAGUCGAAAGCCCGCAUGAUCACGUUUGGCGCGAUGACGAUUUCGGGGGUCUUUUAUCUGCUCUUGGGCAUCCUUGGUGCCAUCGCGUUCGACCAAGUCAACCCCCUCGCCAGUCUGAUGUGGAGCGAUUUCACUGGGUGCGGCAACGGGUGGUCGCAGUGUCCGUCGGGGUCGCCGUCCUGGAUCGGGUCCAUCGUGCACAUCGUGGUCCUCAUGUUUCCUGUCGUAAACGUCACGUCCACGUAUCCCAUGGUCGGGCUCACGGUCGGCGGCAACCUCUUGACGUCGCUGCCCAAGGCGUGGACGGCGCCGUUGGGUGCGACGCGCGCGCGCAACCUGUCGCGCUUGAUUGCCGCCAUCCCGCCGCUCAUCCUCGCCACGUUGUUCAAGAAACUGGACGCGAUCUUUACGUUUGCCGGGUUUUUUGGGUUUGCGCUCGGUCUCAUCAUUCCAAGCUGGUUCCAAGUGAUUAGCAUCAAGUACAACCAGCGCGCGUUCCAGUCGGACCUGGCCGCCAUGACGCCGUACGGGCUGCCGGUUGUCAGCUCGGUGCUUUUUGCGACGAUCUUUUUGUACCUGACGUUUGCCUUUACGAUCGCCGCGCUCGUGUCGCUCGCAGUUUAGUUGAUGGCUUGGAAGCUAAGAGUAGAAUGAAAACUUUUUUCCUUUGGUCUCGUCGACAGCCGGCUGCGAUGAAUUCUCGAUCUUGUCUCGACAGGGAAGUGUCAUGGCCAAGUGGGCGAGCCAACGACGAAUCGCGCGCACUCCCUCACGCAUGCAGACUACACCAUCUACCAACGGACCUCGUCGUCAGCUCCAUGCGAGAGGGAAGAGUGGCGGCGCAGGAUUGAAGGAACGGACAUCCAAACACUGGUGUGCAAGCAUUGCCGCCGACUCCUGGCACACAACUUCGGCAGUGCGUCGUGGGGCUCGUCCAAGGAAAUGAUCGCUCGUCAUGGGAGUUCUUCGACGUACAGCGGGUCUUGGUUUUCCACGUCUGCACCACCGUCCCAUCUUUGUACAGAUUCUAGUGACGAGGGCAGCUGCGUCGUCGGCGGAUGCCGCCGCAACAAGUGUUGGUUUGCUUCAUUCCUUUUCCCUGGCCGGUAUUCGACGAGAUUUACGUCGCUGCCUGUCCAUCCCAUGAGCGCUUCCGCGUUGCCAUGACGGUCUCUGUCAAGAACUGUCGGUCGCCACAACCACUUUCCCUCCAAGAGGACGGUCCCGCAUGACCUGCACACGGAGUCUCCCCACGACAAAGUCGAUCGUCUCGCACGGCCAAGGGGGACGGCACGAUGUUGGUGUGACAAGUGCCGGCGCCGUUCGUUGGCAUGCUUGCUUGGUGGGAAUUUGAAAUGUGCAUUGGAAUUGCGCGCGCGCAUCCUCUUGGCGGCCAUGCGGCAACGUGAGCGGACACUGCCGGAAACCCUC